GGCGGAUCCUCCUACCUGCGGCGCGCUCGCUCGCUCGCAGCUCGCUUGCCGGGGCCGCGAGUCACCUGGGAGGCCGACAAGUGCGGACACAUUGGCCGCCGCGGCGCUCGGCGAGGCGCGCACAGCCCCAGGCUGCUGCGCCCAGUGGAGACAGCGCCCGCCCGCCCGCUGCACUCGGGCUCUGGCCCCCGCUGGCGCUCAUAGGGCCCCGCGGUCGCUCAGCCCGGCUCCGAGGUUGCGGCCCCCGGCCCAGGUCACUCCCCCAGGCGCACGCGGCGGCGGCGCCCCGGGCUCACCAUGGUGGCAGCGCGCGCCGAGUGCCCGCGCAUCGCCGGCCGCCCGAGCCGCAGCGCCGGCUGAGAGCUGUCGGCCGAAACCCCCCGCCCCUGCCCGUUCCCCGCCCGGCCCGCGCGUCCCCUCCGGCCGCCACUGUCUAUGGCGCAGCCCCCCUCUCUGGAUCAUGCACAGAAACUUUCGCAAGUGGAUUUUCUACGUGUUUCUCUGCUUUGGCGUCCUCUACGUGAAGCUUGGAGCGCUGUCAUCCGUCGUGGCCCUGGGCGCCAAUAUCAUCUGCAACAAGAUUCCCGGCUUGGCCCCGCGGCAGCGCGCCAUCUGCCAGAGCCGGCCGGAUGCCAUCAUUGUGAUUGGGGAGGGGGCGCAGAUGGGCAUCAACGAGUGCCAGUACCAGUUCCGCUUCGGACGCUGGAACUGCUCCGCCCUCGGCGAGAAGACCGUCUUCGGGCAAGAGCUCCGAGUAGGGAGCCGUGAGGCCGCCUUCACGUAUGCCAUCACCGCGGCCGGCGUGGCCCACGCCGUCACCGCCGCCUGCAGCCAGGGCAACCUGAGCAACUGCGGGUGCGACCGCGAGAAGCAGGGCUACUACAACCAGGCCGAGGGCUGGAAGUGGGGUGGCUGCUCCGCCGACGUGCGCUACGGCAUCGACUUCUCCCGGCGCUUCGUGGACGCCCGGGAGAUCAAGAAGAACGCGCGGCGCCUCAUGAACCUGCACAACAACGAGGCCGGCAGGAAGGUCCUGGAGGAGCGCAUGAAGCUAGAGUGCAAGUGUCACGGCGUGUCGGGCUCGUGCACCACCAAGACGUGCUGGACCACGCUGCCCAAGUUCCGCGAGGUGGGCCACCUGCUCAAGGAGAAGUACAACGCGGCGGUGCAGGUGGAGGUGGUGCGGGCCAGCCGGCUGCGGCAGCCCACCUUCCUCCGCAUCAAGCAGCUGCGCAGCUACCGGAAGCCCAUGGAGACGGACCUGGUGUACAUCGAGAAGUCGCCCAACUACUGCGAGGAGGACGCGGCCACGGGCAGCGUGGGCACGCAGGGCCGCCUGUGCAACCGCACCUCGCCCGGCGCCGAUGGCUGCGACACCAUGUGCUGUGGCCGCGGCUACAACACCCACCAGUACACCAAGGUCUGGCAGUGCAACUGCAAGUUCCACUGGUGCUGCUUCGUCAAGUGCAACACAUGCAGCGAGCGCACCGAGGUCUUCACCUGCAAGUGAGCGGCGGCCACGGCCACGCGGCAGCCACGCGGCCGCAGCCCCCGCCGCGGCAUUUUGCACAUCCUCUCCUUCCUUGCCGCCCCUGUGCAGCCUGGGGCCGCGGGCAGAGGCUGCGGAGGAGGUGGGGGCUCCAGGCGCAGGAGGGCUCACUGGGGACGUCACCGUCUCCUGCCACUCCCGUCACUUCCCUUGGCAAAACAGUGCCCACGACCCAGCUGAGAGGGCAAGGCCAACAGCGCUGGUGUCCCUGAUGGGGCCCAGGGGAUUCCUUUUCUUUUCUCCGGGAAAGUGAACCUCAAGGACACACGUAUCCUGGAAAGCUAAGUGACAACAAGACUCAGAGUGUCGCCCUCCCCCGCCUGGUGGCCCAGACACAGAAAUGCCACGCCACCAGCCUCACGCAAGACUGUUGCCCAGGCCGCGUCAGCCACUGGGCCCCGGGGAGGUCAGGGCAGAUGUUGACAAAAAUUAUUUAUGGUUUCUUAGUAUCAGAAGAGGAUUCUUAGCACUAAGGCAUAGCGGGUCCUAACUCCGUACCUGUGUUCGUGCAUCCCCUUGCCGCCCUCUGCUUCCUCUCCCUGCCCCUGGGGACCGAGGGAGCAUCCCUGUGCAUCCUGGCCCUGCCCCAGGGGGAGGUGGCGGUGUGUAUGGUCCCAGGUGAGCUGGCCACGGACAGGGACCUCCAGCCCCUCUCCCCUUCUUUUAGGAAAUCAUAUAAACAAAUCAAAAUGUCACCAGUGUCAGGUUCCAGGAAUGCCACAUCCUCUCCCUGAUGCUGUCCCCUCCCAGCCGCCCGCCAGCCUGGCACCCCCCAGUUUACAAAGCCCCUCCCACCCUGGAACCAGCCAGCCCCCCAGGACAGCGCUGUGCCGGGGGUGGGGAGGUCAGAGGUGUUUGCCCCAUUUGACCGAUGGGGACACUGAGCCCAGAGUGGCUCGAGGACUGGCCAGAGACCCUG